CAGUUCUAAUUCACAGUGAAUCAUGGUGGUGGGCGACUCCAGAGGUCGCCACAAUUAGCUCUGAGAGGCUUAACCCUCGCUUAAAUUGAGGCGUUGUUUCUAUACCCUAGCACAUCUCUGAUUUAAAGAGAUAGCAUGAGCUGGUUGGGGUUGGAUUUUGUCAUUAAAGCUUCAAUUGCCCAUGGGGAACUGAAACGUCACAUUAGAAUCAGAUUUGAGUACCGUGAUAAUAUCUAUGUUCUCACAGCUUUGAAUAUUGUAAUUUCUGGUUACAGUCAUUUGUAGUUUCAGCUUUAUUAAAGAGGGGAAAAGAUGGUGAUGGAAGAGAAGAACUUGAGAAAAUGUGGAGUACUGUUAGACAGAGAGAGCUUGCAAAAACGAAAAGAAGAGUUAGGAAACCAAUGUUAAAAUAUAUACUUUUUUUGAACUUCCAACCACAAUAGUGCAUGAAAUGCCUUUCUCCUACCUCUUGUGUUCUCUGUUUUACCAUCCAUAUGAUCCUUUGGCUUGUGGUCAUGUUUGUCAUCCUGUUAACAGUUUUACUCUGCUGAUUGAUAUCUCUAAUUUGCAGGUUGAGAGUAUAGUGUUGAGUAUUAUAUCAAUGCUUUCCAGUCCUAAUGAUGAAUCCCCUGCUAAUGUUGAUGCUGCGAAGGAAUGGAGGGAACAGAGGGAUGAAUUCAAGAAGAAAGUUCGACGCUGUGUCAGAAAAUCACAAGAAAUGCUAUGACAAUACCUCUCAGAUAUUUGACGUUUUCCUGGUAGAAUUGCCUUGGGCCACCAGGCAGCCUGUUUUUAGCAUUUACACUUUUCUUGAUCUUAGUCAUAAGUAACUGUUGUUGCAUGGUUUUUAGAAGUGAUAGAAACUUUUAAUUUAAGAUACCAACAUAUUAGCCUGAGCUGGAUAUGGUUUUCGUUCAACUUGCAAGAACCCGUUCAUGUUUUGCAGGACUUUUUUGGUUCUAUUUUCACCUAGCAAAGUUAUGUUAUUCG